ACGUAACCCGGGGACUGCCUGUACUGAAAUACCAGAACUGGAAGGCUUUUUCAUUUGCCACAUUGUUUGUAGGAUAAACAUUAAGUGGAAAAUUAUAGGAGCAAAAGCACUAAAUUUAUCUGAUAUCCAGGUGAGUCACCCUUGUGUUAAUUUUAAAUUCUGCGGUGGUAAUGUUUAGUAUAGGGUACAGCCGUUAUAAACAGGGCUUUUUUUGGCUCAUUUUAAAAGAAAUAUAAAACACUACAUUUUUAAGUCAUUUACCCAAAACAGCAUAAAUCAUGAACCUAGCACAGGCCAUUGUACUCUAUUUAUAGUGUGCCUUCCCUAAGGAUUACUAGAUUACCUGCACAGUUCCUGGAGGAUUCUCUUCUUUAUAGCAAACAGGAAAGAGUAUAAUAUAUCUGAAAAUUAUUCAAAGCCUGGAUAUUGGACACAAGGGGAUAGAACAAAAUAACAUUUUUUUUUCUUAUUUACCUCAGAUACUGUUUCUGACACAAGUUCAGGUGAAAAUGAAGCUCAUGGUCCCAGAUUGUGGGGCAGGAAAUCUGGCCUUUGCAGUGUAGAUUACAUUAUUAAUCUCUUGCUGUGCUUCUGAAAAUCAACAUGCAUCUGAGAACUCCAUCAAUAAUGAGGAGGAGCUGGGGAGGAAAUGUGUACUAUAGCUGGAGUAAUUUGCCAGCUCCUUUCUAAAGCUCUUCAGAGGGCAUCCAUUAGCUUCUCCCCAUACAUUUGUGGCAGAGCCUCAUAGCAUAAUAAAUAUCAUGUACAUCUGAUUCUCCCUGCCUACUGCAAUUAGUGACUGGAAAAUGGGGGUUUCAAGUAAUAACUUUGUUUCAUGUUUCAGGGUGCUCUACGAGGAAGCUGUAAAUCAGCAUCAGUCACAGAUGGGCUAUCUGCAGCAUCAUUUGUAGAUUAUCCGAAGUACAAGCCCUUCAUUAAUUCUGAUUUGCAGCGCUCUCCUGAGAAACCAGUAAUUCCAUAUCCAGAAAGUAACAGCAGAGCAAUAUUUUCUGCUCUGAAGAAUCUUCAGGAGAAAAUUCGGCAGCUAGAGCUGGAACGAAUUCAGGCUGAGGAGAAUGUGAAGCAUCUGAGUAAAGAAACAUCUGACUAUAAGAAAGUGCUAAAUGAGCAAAUAAAACAGAGGGAGCACUCUAAGACAGAGGUGUCCAAGCAAAAUCAAGAACUGUCUUCUCAGCUGGCAGCUGCUGAAUCUCGUUGCAGACUUCUAGAGAAGCAGCUGGACUAUAUGAAGAAUAUGAUAAAGCAUGCAGAAAAUGAAAAGACAAGUGUCUUGGAAAAACAGGUCACAUUAGAGAGAGAGAGACUCCUAGAUCAAUCUCAUGUUCAGUCUAAAUUAGAAAAGCUGGAUUUGCUGGAACAAGAAUAUGCCAGACUAACUGCAAUGCAAUCUCUAGCACAGAAAAAAAUGAAAGAACUGGAACAGAAGCUCCAAGAGGAGGAACAUGCAAGGAAGCUUGUGCAGGAGAAAGCAGCUGAGCUUCAGACAGGACUGGAGACUAACCGAAUACUGUUGCAGGCAGGAACACCGUCCAUUCCUCCAAAGCCAAAGAAAACAAAGAAAAAAGCCCAGCAGCCAGAAAAGAAACACCAUCUUGCAAGACGUACCCAUGUACAGCCCCACUAUAGGCUAUGUCUGGGUGAUGUGCCAUUUGUAGCUGGAAAGUCUACUAGCCCCAGCCAUUCUGUUGGAGCCAAUGUACAAAAUGUGUUGCAUCUAAUGAAACAACACUCUAAAGCUCUGUGCAACAGUCAUGUGAUCAAUGAUGUUCCAUCACCGAAGCUGAAUGGUAACUCGUCGCUCGCCAGCAAAGGCAAAAAGCCAUCUCUUUCGACAGGCUCCUCUGCAUCCCAGGAGGAACUUUCUGAAGUGCUGCUGACUUUGCAGGAUGAAUUUGGGCAGAUGAGUUUUGAUCACCAGCAGUUAGCAAAACUAAUCCACGAAGCACCAACUGUUGCUCUGAAGGAAGACCUGGAGCGGGAACUUGAGGCAUUGGUGAAAAGAAUGGAGGCAAAGGCAGACCAAAUAAAUAAAGUCCGGAAACUUCGGCUACGAGUAGAGAAGCUAAAAAAAGAAUGCAAGUCCAGGAAGUCUCGUGCUGAAGAAACACAAGACAGACUGAGUGGAGUUAAUGAGGUGAAAGUAACAACCACUGUGACGACCAGGGGAAAAGAUGCUGGUCCCAUCAAAGUGAAACCUGGAGAAAAAAGCCGGAAAAAUCUUCAAUUGUUGCGGGACAUGCAAAGUAUACAGACUUCGCUUCAGAAAGAUGACAUCAGCUGGGAUUAUUGAUUUUUGUCCUGGGUGACAUUUUCCUUAAACUCCACCAGUCUGAACUUUACUUCUCAAAUUCCAGGUCUAAAAGAGAUACCUUUCCUACUGUGUGAAAGAGACUACUGUAUACGAAGUGCACUUUUUAAAUGUAACCUCCCAUUUUGCAUCUGUAGGUCUGAUUUUAUUAUGGUCCUAAUCCAGGCACAACACAGGUGGGAGAAAGCAAGCUUUGAUUUUAAUUCAUCUAACUACUGAGUCUCUAAUCAACCUUCCAUUAUCUCCCCCUUUGUGAGCUGUACCUUAAGUCUUUCUUUCUCGCCUCCUUCUUCCAUGCCUGCUGCAAGAUGUUUUAUUUUGUUGCUCACAUGGGUUGUCUAAAAAGUACAUGUGGCUUCACAACUCGCACUAUUCAACUCUUGUGCAUAGUGUUGCUUAAAGCCAUAUCAGUUAGCACAGUCUCUGAGAACAUAAGAAAAAGCAGGAGAAUCUCUUAAGUGUUUUACUUUACUAUUCAGUUCCUGGUCUGGUUCUUUCCAUUAGCUAAUACUGAUUGCAGUGGGACACUUCAACUCACUCAGAAAGAACAAAAUCUUUUGGAGUAGUUUUCCUUACCAAUUUACUCUUACUUAAUAGUAAUGUCUUUUCAAACUGGAGAGAGAAAUAUGCCUUCACUUCAUGACUUUUCACUUAAAGUGUGAUGUGGAACAUUGGGAUAAAAUCUAUCAAUUACUAGCGCACUUUGGCUGAAGGGAGAGAGUGCAGAUAUUUUUAAAUUGAAGUGCCUCAAUCAUGUCAUUCAAUCCUGGCAGCUUGCUUAAUUUUAACUUGAAAUAUUAUUCACUUUGACUUGGAGAUCUGCUUUGGCAGGGGUAGGAGUGCUAAUUGUCUUGCACACCUAAGUGAAUGUUAUUUAUUAUAUUAAUAAUGUAAAAAAUUUCAUAGUAAUGGAGAGUACUGAAGACAGACUGAAAUUACCUGUGUUUAUAAAGUUGCCAUUAGAAAUCAAUAAAGUUAUCUUGCAAAUCUGAA